AUGUCUACUAAGGGGACCCAAGCACCUCAGGCGAGCGCUCUGCCCAAUGGACUAGAUCCGGACCUCAAGAUGCCAAGGAAACGAAAGCCCGUUAAGAACAAGAAACGCUGGAGCCAGGUGAUGUACAUGUCCUACGUUCUGGAUUUUCUUACAAGAAAUCCAAUUACGAAGGAUGAGGAGUGUUUCGUUCUGACCACGGAUGCUGACGUCGAUUUCACACCGGAGUCUGUGGCGACCCAGCUAGAUCUGAUGACACGUGACUCGACAGUGGGGGCAGUGUGCGCGCGCACCCACCCCAUGGGAAAUGGCCCAUUGGUGUGGUACCAAACAUUUGAAUACGCAAUUGGUCACUGGUUUCAAAAGGCUGCCGAACAUGUUCUGGGGUCUGUGUUGUGUGCACUGGGUUGUUUCAGCGUCUAUCGGUGCCGAGCCAUCAAGGAAAUCCUGCACAUAUACGCAACCAGCGUAGAACACGCCUCUGACUUCCUCACCAGGGAUAUGGGCGAGGAUCGAUGGUUGUGUACGCUCAUGGUACAAAGUGGAUGGCGCAUUGAAUACUGUGCGGUGUCAGAAAACAAGCCGAAUUGUCCUCGGGAGUUUGAAGAGUUCUACAAACAGCGAAGGCGCUGGAUCGCGUCAACGAUAGCGAAUCUGAUGCUGAUCCUCCAGGAAUGGAGAGUUAUCACCCGUGUGAACCAGGGCAUCUCUGUCCUGUUCAUCCUCAACCAGGCGUUGCUGCUGUUCUCAACACUCAUAUCCCCCGGCACCGUCAUCCUCGUUGUAGCUGGAACAAGGGAAAAGAAAAUCGAAUCUUCUAUAACAAAGGAACCGUGGCAAAGACAAGUAAAAUUCUGGUUCAAGAAGAUAUUUUUGGAUAAAUUCUCAGAUACAAGUGGCAGCAGUGAAAGUGAAGACAGCGGAAGUUCUGAAGUGGAAGAUGAUAUUGCGCUCCUGUUUUCAGUGGAGGACUGGUUACCAGACGAGCUUAAGUGUGGUCGAGAUCUGGACAAAUUUGGUUCCUAUUCUGUCAUUCAUGGUUUCAGACAAUAUGCGCAAUCGUUUCGAUAUCAUGGCUUUGACAACACGAUGUUUAUUUCUGGGAUGAACGAGAAGGAACUGAAGGAUAUCGGGAUUAAGACGGAGACCCACAAACAGUUCAUUCUGGACCAGAUCGAACUCUUGCCAGCAUUUGAAAUCGAAUAUCACGUCCCAGUGAGUAUCAAGGAAUGA